CAUAGGCUUCAGAUCGUGUGUGUGAAGAGUUGUUUGUGAGUCCGAUGGUCCUGGUGUUUGUGGUUAACAUGUGGUGCUGCUGCCCCGCCUCUCUCCUACUGUCUCUCAGCAGCACUUGGUGGAGUGCAGUUCACAAACAGCUGCAGUCGCUAUCAGUCUGAUUUCAUUUCUGUUUGGAUUAUUUUUAUUGAAGAAACUCUGAAAGGCACACAUCUGCUCAAACGGUCUUUGGAUCAGGAUAGUUUGUUUCAGCAAUAUGGAACGAUGGAGAAUCCAAACGUUAUUCUGCUUGCUUCUGUGUGUCAGUAUUUUACCAACCUGUUGGUGUGCUCAGGGAAAAUACGCCCAGAAGCUCCUGAAUGAUUUAUUCACGAACUACACUAGUGCGCUGAGGCCUGUGAAUGACACUAACACCAUACUGAAUGUGACCCUGCAGAUCACACUGUCACAAAUUAUCGACAUGGAUGAGCGAAACCAAAUUUUGACUGCGUACUUAUGGAUACGUCAAGUGUGGGUUGAUUCACACGUUCAAUGGAAUAAAGAUGAUUACGAUGGACUCGAUACCAUCCGCAUACCUGGUAGUUAUGUAUGGAGACCUGAUAUUGUCCUAUAUAACAAUGCUGAUGACCAUUUCAAAGGCUCCAUGGACACCAAUGUAGUGAUCCGGCAUGAUGGCCAGAUCAUGUGGGAUUCCCCUGCUAUCACAAAGAGCUCCUGCAAAGUGGACGUGUCCUACUUCCCCUUCGAUUCUCAGCAGUGCAGGUUCACAUAUGGCUCCUGGACAUACAACGGCAACCAGGUGGACAUCCUGAACGCCAUGGAGAGCGCUGACCUGGCCGACCUGGUGGAUAAUGUGGAAUGGGAGGUGUUGGGUAUGCCGGCCAAGAAGAACAUUAUUCAGUAUGGCUGCUGUGCUGAUCCUUACCCUGAUGUGACCUACACACUGAAACUACAGAGAAGAGCUUCAUUUUAUGUCUUUAACCUCCUUAUACCAUGUGUAAUGAUCUCUUUUCUGGCUCCACUGGGCUUUUACCUGCCUGCUGAUUCUGGAGAGAAGGUGUCUUUAGGUGUCACUGUUAUGCUGGCACUCACUGUCUUUCAGCUGUUGGUGGCAGAGAUCAUGCCACCCUCUGAGAAUGUGCCACUUAUUGGAAAGUACUACAUUGCAACGAUGACCAUGAUCACUGCCUCCACUGCCCUGACCAUCUUCAUCAUGAACAUACACCAUUGUGGCCCGGAUGCCGAGCCUGUUCCCAAGUGGGCCAAGAAGGUCAUUCUGCAGUACUUGGCCAGAAUGUGCUUUGUUUAUGAGGUUGGGGAGAACUGCUUGUCACCACAGCCCGAGAAGCAGGAGCCUCCACAUGUAAAGAACACCAACUGCACCAUGAAUGGUCAGGCAGGACCAGGCAGAGAGGAGUGUGUCUGCAAACUGGACAGAGGACAAGAGACAGUGCGCUCCAUGACCACAGAGGAGAGGGAGGACAUGGAUCAGAUGAUGAGCCCAGCUGGCUCCAUCGGGAAAAACCCAACCAACAACUACUGCACUCGGAUGAAUGGUAUUUUCAUGAGCAUGGACUGUGGAGAUUCCCAGGGUCAGAGGAGAUGCCGGAAGGGGGGUGUGAGUGAUGGAGAGAGAAAAGACGGAGAGGUUUUCUGCAACAGUCAAAGCAACGAGAGGCAACUAAUGCAUAACAUUGAGUACAUAGCCAACUGUUACAGGGAUCAGAGGGCGACACAGAAAAGGACUGGGGAGUGGAAGAAAGUAGCCAAAGUUUUAGAUCGCUUUUUCAUGUGGAUAUUUUUCAUUAUGGUGUUUUUAAUGAGCCUUCUCAUCAUGGGCAAAGCCAUCUAACUGAAGACUGGAGACGAGACUUCAUGAAAGUGUUUAUGGUGUACCCAACACAGAGAUUAUAAAAGUUUAUAAUAAGUCAUUAAGUAAUGUACUUAGCAGUAGUUUAAUUUACAUUCAGAUUGCACUUUUUCCUCAGACCAUGUGAUCCAUCCUACUGCAGUCCUAACUAAUACAAAAGUAGAAUUAUAUCUUAAAUACAUUUUUGUAAAUAAGUGUUGUUGUUGACAAUUUACAAUCCCAAAUUCAGGUCCCAUUGUAGCAAAUCAAUCACAUUGUCUACUGACGCUAUUUACACAAUGUUGUGAUUUUAACCUAAAUGAUGAAAUAUUGAUUUGUGUCCAUACAUUUAUUUAUUUGUUUCUGAAACAAUAGGCCAAGGGAUUUAUAAAGCA